CGGGGGUUGGCUGCGGCGCCCUUGUGAGCGCUCCAGGCCCGGCGGAUCCCCCUCAGCGCUUUCCCGGCCCCACCGCCCAUGGACUCCCCGCGGCGCCCCGCGCCGCCUCCCCCGGCCCCGCGCCGCCCGCCGCCCGGGCCUCCUCCGGGCCCCGACACAGGCGAGGUCCUGCAGCAGAUCAUGGCCAUCACCGACCAGAGCCUGGAAGAGGCGCAGGCCAGAAAGCAUGCUCUGAAUUGCCAUCGGAUGAAGCCAGCUCUCUUCAGUGUGCUCUGUGAGAUCAAGGAAAAGACAGUGUUAAGCAUCCAUGGCAUUCAAGAAGAAGGUCCCCCCAGUGCUCAGCUCAUGAGGCUGGAUAACAUGCUGCUGGCCGAGGGUGUAUCCAGGCCGGAGAGGCGAGGAAGAGGAGGAUCGGCGGCAGUGGCCAACACAGCAACACCAGGUGGCUGUCCAAAUGACAAUAGCCUUGAGCACUCUGACUACAGGGCCAAGCUGUCCCAGAUCCGACAGAUUUACCACUCUGAGCUAGAGAAAUAUGAACAGGCCUGCCGUGAGUUCACCACGCACGUCACCAACCUUCUCCGGGAGCAGAGCAGGAUGAGGCCUGUCUCGCCCAAGGAGAUCGAGCGCAUGGUCAGUGUCAUCCACGGCAAGUUCAAUGCCAUCCAGAUGCAGUUGAAGCAGAGCACCUGCGAGGCUGUGAUGACCCUGCGUUCACGGUUCCUCGAUGCCAGGCGCAAGCGGCGGAACUUCAGCAAGCAGGCCACCGAAGUGCUGAAUGAGUAUUUUUACUCCCAUCUGAGCAACCCUUACCCCAGCGAAGAAGCCAAAGAAGAGCUGGCCAGGAAGGGCGGCAUCACAGUGUCCCAGGUCUCCAACUGGUUCGGCAACAAAAGAAUCCGAUAUAAAAAGAACAUGGGGAAGUUUCAAGAAGAGGCUACCAUUUAUACGACUAAAAUGGAAGUCGACGCCACCAAAGUCGGGGGCCUGGGGAGCCAGGCUAGCUGCCCAUCAACACCCAGCCCCGGUCCCUCUGGUCCCUUCCCGCUGACCAGUGCCGGGGAUGCGCUUAUCACCCUGCAGACACUGGCCUCUCUCCGCCCCGCCCCUGCGGGAGGCAGCUUGCGGUCCCAGGCCCGGGGCAGCUACCAGGGAGCCGCCCCCCCAGUGUCCGCCGCUUCGCCUGCUGGAGACCCCAGCAGCAUCAACUCAGACGCAUCUAAUUAAGUUUUGGGGAUGAGCAGAAAAGCAGACCGGGUGGCCUGCCGUGGUUUGCGGGCACUCGAGUCUUUACUGCGCGUGCAGCUGAUGAUUACCUCAAAAACCCAGAAGCGCAGCAGGCGGCGGGUGCCAUCCUUUGCUUGCCGGCCGGGCCCUGAAAUGGGCUGAGAUGCUGCUCAUUUUCUCAAUUCAGUUAGGUUUUUUAAUAGUAAUUUUAUGCUAAGACUGUGAAUUGUUUCUUCUAGGACUUGUCACAAAGUCUCCCAUUAAAGUUUUGGACUUAUUUUCACGUCGAUGUUGUUCACACCAGAUUUGUUCCUGGCGAUGGCAGUGUGGGGCGGGGCCGGGUGGCGCGGUGUUGGCGUUGCAGUUCUGUCCUCUCCUGUGUCCCUUCAUGCGCCGGCCCCCCGGACACUGCCUUCCCCACUCUCUUCUGUCGCCUCAUUCCAUAUGCUCUUGAUUUCCGCCUGCGGUGAGCUCCGAACUUCCCUGGGCGUUGGGUUUGUAUUUUUUUCUGUUAAUAGAAGUUCUGCCGUUCUCCACUGACACGCUGGCCAGGGUUUUCCUCCAGUGAAUGAAGCGCCAAGGCAGGAGCCUCUUGGCCUCGGCGCUGAACGUUUAGCUGGUUCCCAUUUUACAGCUGUGGCCCACGGUGCCGCUCAGCUCGGUGUCUCUGUCCCUGGCUGGGUCUGCUCAGGUGCCAGCUGAGGACCAGCCCUGCACGUGCUCGAGGCUUUCCUCCUCGCAAGGCUUGAUUUGGGUUUUCUGUCAUCUGCAGCCGGAAGGUGGCAGCUGACUCGCUCUCCUGUCUGAGGUGCCGGUCCUCACGUCCAGCCGGCCCGCCUCCUGGCUUCCUGCAGCCCAAGAUUCACUGACAGACCAGGGCCCUGCUUGAGCGAAAUGACAUUCCAGAGAAAAAAAAGAGAAUAAACAUGACCAGAAGUCUGGGGUGGGCUCA